AUGCAUGUAAACACAGUUGGCGUUGAAGCGUAUCCAUCUGGUCGAGUGCAGUCAUUCGCAGCAGACGCUUGCGCAGAGGAAAAUGACGAAUAUGAAGACGACUGGGAACGUUAUAAGGAUUUUAAAAAUGAUAUAAAAGUCAAUAGUAAAGUAAAAAAACGAAAACGUGAAGCCCAUAUGUUAUUUCAUGAGCGAUUGGACAAUGGAAUAGAUGAUGGUAAACAUCUGAAACAAAGGAAUGCAACCAAUAAUUCCAAUAUUUCUCAGAAAAAAGCUGAAAGUACGACCGUCAAUAAUAAUGAAUUGGCGCUUCAAGUAGCAUCGCGGAUUACUACGUUGGAAAUGAAUAAUGAAUUGGAAGCGUAUGCUAAGGAGACCAUUCGGGAUGAUGGAAAAAGAUGGGCUGUAUGUAAAACUGAUAUACGUGACAUGUUAACGAAUAGAAGCAAGAAAAGGCUCGACUGCACACUGAGUGAGUAUUUUUAUAAAUACAUGUGUUUAAAUUUGAACAAUCUGAUAUAUGCACGUAUUGAUGUUGAAAAUUUUAGUCUAGCAUUCUAUGACAUCAUAGAUGUCACACCAGGUUCGAAUAGUGAUUUUGUGCGAUCAUUACCAGAUAACGUAGUGCAUGAAAUAAGACAGUCAAAGUCAUUGCCAACACCUGGUAUGGAUAAUAUAGAUGGAAUGAAAGAAUAUAUUAUUGGUUUUAUUAAGACUGAAAAUUUUCAUAAUUAUGUGAAUGAGAGCUAUUUGAGAACGCGAGUUAACAACACUACCAAAUUUAUAUGGGACUACUUGAAUCUUCUUGGUAAAAAAAGUUUGUUUGCUUCAUCAGAAGAUCAUAAUCAGGAGAAAGAUGAUGGGGAAGACCGUAAUGCUGGUCGAAAAAUAGACAUUAUCUGGUCUAUGAAGCCAACAGAUCUUGAAUUUUCGAUUGGUGAAAUCAAUAAUGAGAUAAUGGUGUAUGAAAUGUUGAUACCAUUUCAUGGAUUAUACGUUUUUUGUAAGGUUUUACGAUCAAAAUUGCCAACAAACAGGGUUGAAGUGGGAUUGAUAUUACGAUCUAUAUCAGUGCUUCUCAAAUUUAAGGAGUUGCUUGAAAGGAGUUUGACCAAUCUGAAAAGUUAUAUUCAAGAUGCAUGUACCCGUACACCAGAUAAUGAAAAUGCGGACCUGUUUAUUACACUUACUGAUUUGAUGCCCAUAAAAAAAUAG